AUGGUCUGUGAAGCCGCAGAUGCCGGGGGGAACAGGGACCAGUGGGGCUUACUGCCAGGUCCUGCUAUAAGAGGUAAAAACUACAACAGGUCGAAGCCCAAAAUGGAAUUUGGUCUCGUUGCUCGGCCACCAGAAGAAAAAGGGCAAAAGGCCAACUGUGAAAUUGCUACUACCUACGCUGCUACGGUCCAGGCUAAGAAGCUCGUCAGCUACAUUUAA